UUUGACCUCCUGCUAACCCCGGAUGUACCAUUGCAGCAGAGUUUUUCCUGAAAGAUGGCUGCCAGAGCAACGUUGUCACCAGGCUCUAGUCCUCCAAUGUCUUCCAGCCUAGCCGGUAUUAACGACGGUGUGUCAGUAACGCUAUCACCAGAUGCGGUCCCGUUCAGCCCGCUGGCUCCGGGGGACCGGGAGGAGAUGGGUUCCGUGGCGGGGCAGUUCUCCCACUACGCAUCCAAGCUCCGCUCACUGCGAGGCGGAGAUCCAGCCAGCCUGAAAACACAACUCAACCUGCUGUUCGACCAACUGAUAUCUGAAAACUACAGCCCGAACCACAACAUUCGACCUGAGGAAGUAUGCGCACUGCUCAUCCACGUGACCCGCCUGGUUCCUCUCAGCCAGGAGCACUUGGUCGUCAAGCUAUGUCAGCUUACACACCACCUCCUCAACCAGCUACAGGUGAUAGUGGACGAGCAGACGCUGGAUGUGUGUGUGUGUUACGUGGUCCGUGCGCUGGCAGUGUGUAGCCUCUGGACUCACAGUGAGGUGCUGCAGGCGUUAUCUACUCUGAUCUAUGGAAACGGACCUCGCUGCAACCGGCAUCUGAUUGAGUUGCUAGGUGAUGGUGGAGUCCUGCGUCUCUAUAGCGACCCGUCUCAGCCAGACAUGGAGCUGCGCCGUGCUGCUCUCACCUGCAUGGCUAACCUCUGUCUGGGUGUUCCAGGCCAGGCGUCCCUUGAAGACCCGUACAGGAGUGUGUGUUUCAAAGUCUUCCUGCAGACGCUCCAGUCACCCAAACCCCCGGACGCUGAAGAACUGCUCUACUGCACGGUGAUCCAGGGAGCAUUGAAGGGCCUCCAGUCCUCUCUGUGUGGAGGGAAGUGGAGGUUUGGAGGACAGGAGGAACUGGGAGCUCUAUUGGCAGUUCUCAAGAGGCUCAUGUUCCAAGGUUGUCCAGGAGUGUGUGUGGAGUGGCCGUCGGUGCUGUACCCCGCUCCCCUGCCUCAGUACGAAACCUGCAGUACCCCCAAACCUCCCGAACCUCCACAGAACCCCCCCACCCAGACCUCGGGGAAUAAGAAGAAGAAGUCUCGAGGACGGGGGAGGAAAGGAGGAGGGGAGGAUGAGGAGAGAGAGGCAGAACCCAGGCUCCAGAGAGGAGGAAGAGGAGGGGAGGCCUGGUCUAAGACCUCGGUACUUCCUUCUCCAGGCGUUCCGUCUCUCUAUCCGUUAUGGAAGAGGAGCAGUUCUGAUUCAGAGUUCUCUGAUCCUGAGGGAGCAGCUCACAGUAAACUGAGGUUGUUCCAUGGCAGGGUGCGGCAGGGUGUGUUGCUGUGUCUCCUAGCCGUGGUGAAGGCAGUUGAAAAAAGGACGCUGUAUGGCUAUUGGUCGUCGUUCAUACCGGAGGCUCCCAUUGGUGGACCUCCUCCUCUCACACUGCUCACUGUAGUACUGAAGGACCCCUCACCCAAGGUGCGUGCGUGUGCACUCCAGGUGGUGUCUGCAUUGCUAGAUGGUUCUCGUCAGUUCCUGGGCGUGGCUGAAGACUUGGCUCCAGCCAGAACCUCGUACACUCCAUUCUCCUUCUCCCUCGCCACCGCCGUCCGCGAGCUUCACCGCUCGCUCUCCCUCGCUCUGCUGGCCGAGGCCUCUGCUCACACGCUCACUCAGAUCAUCAAGUGCCUGGCUCACCUGGUGUGUAAUGCUCCCUAUAACCGCCUGAGACCCGGCCUGCUCAGCCCGCUGUGGAGACAGAUACAACCCUACCUCCGACACAGAGACGUGAACGUGCGGGUGUCUGUUCUGACACUGUAUGGAGCGUUGGUGUCGUCCCAAGCCCCUCUUUCUGAGGUACAGCUACUCCUUACACACACCUCUCAGGAGACUGGGCUGAGCUGGAGGCAGAGGGAGGGCUUUUCCUCACCUCACACUCCACCCUCCCACAAAUACCACAACUCACACACACCUCGGGGCUCACAUACUCCAGGAGAGGAGGAGCCAGGCGUGCCCUGGCUGCUGCAGCUGUGUGUGUCGCUUGUCACUCAACCCAAAGACGACCAAUCAGACAGCGAGGGUCCAGGAGGAGGAGGGGCUACAGCUCUAGAGCCCUCGCCAGUCCGCCUGGAGGCCUUACAGGUGCUAGCCCACCUGGUGCGUGGUUACUUCCCUCUGUGCCAGGCGUGUCUCUGUGAGCUGGGGCAGGUGAGCGCACGUUGCCUCCGAGAGACAGACCCCUCCAUUCAACUACACGGAGCCAAGUUACUAGAGGAGUUGGGGACAGGUAUCAUCCAACAGUACAGACCAGACAACAGCCAGUCAGAGAGCUGCAGGGUCCCCAUCUCACAGGUGGUCCAGUUCUGGGUGGAUGUAUUGAGUGGUCCGCUGAACGGAGCUCUUCAGAGUCAUCAGCAUCCUACUCUACAGACCAGCGCCUGUGACACCCUCUCCUCUAUCCUGCCACAGGCCUUCACACAGCUACCUGAGAAGAGCCAGGUUCUGUGUGUAACAGUAUUGUUGGGGCUGACCUACAGUGAUAACUCUCUGGUGAAGGCUGCUGCAGUCAGAGCUCUGGGAGUCUACAUUCUGUUCCCCUGUCUACGAGAGGAUGUGAUGUUUGUAGCAGACACGGCCAACGCCAUCCUGACAGCCCUGGACGACCGCUCACCCAAUGUCCGCUCCAAGGCUGCCUGGUCGCUAGGCAACCUCACCGACACACUCAUCGUCAACAUGGGAUGUCUUGGGGAGGUUUUCCAGGAGGAGUUGUCUGAUAUGCUGGUGCUCCAGAUGCUUCAGUCAGCCACCAAGGCUGCUUUUGACAAGGACAGG